CAUACUCUGUUCUUCCUUAUACGCCUUUCUUUUUGCUAAUUGCUGAACUAUUACUGCUUUGUGCUAAGAAGCUUAUUUGGGUGGUCUCAUAAUUUAAUUUACCACUUUAAGAUGUGUACCAUCAAUGGCCAAGACUUUUUAAGUUAAUAGUAUCACUGCACUUGUCUGGACAAGAGAUGAAUGUUUACUGUGCUUUCACUUCAUCCAUGUUGGGAUGGAGGUGAUGACUCUGUCAGUUUGUGGUUCUUGCACAGGACCUGCUGUAGCCAAGUUGCUUUGUUUCAUCCUCAGCAAAGACAGGGCUUGUUUGAGUGCUCGGAGCAGCCUUCUGGCACAGAAGGGACGUGAGGCAGAACUGGUAGUUAGUACUCACCCUGGAAAAGUAUAGGCAGGGGUAGGAAUGUGUGACAAGUGCUAAGAAGAAUGACAUUCCUUCAGGUAGGGAAGGGAGGAAAAGCUGGGGUGGUGGCAGGGGCACAGGAAUUUUUACAGAGGGUGUAGGCAGGGUGUGGAAAAGGGGAAGCAGACUUGAGCACUAGUGCUGGGUAGUCCCAACACACUGAUCUUAAAAGCAAUGCCCAGCACUUUGGUCAGUGAAAUAUCUGAUAGUUUAUUUCACAAGAUAUUUUGCUAAAAUAUAAAUCGAGAUGUGUCUUUACAAUAAAAGACAAGUAAAGAAACUUUUUUCUUUUUGAUGAUGGUUUUACCAGUUGUUGCCCACCUGUAAUGGGCAUGGAGGUCAUGGUCUUCAUAUGAGGAUAAUAUAUAGUUGUGUUUAAGAAUUGAGCUCUAAAAUCCUGCAACUAUGGUCUGGCUCAGAUGAAUAUUUUUAAAUUUAGUAACUUUGUAUUUCAGGUUCAGAAGCCUUUUGGCAGGGUUGGGGCCAGAACUUCAUGACAGUAUUUUGUUAAUUUAAUUCUUGAAAUGUUUAUUAAGAAAUAGAACAUACUUUUAAACCUAUAAACCUGUGUUCUCCAGGUAAAUGUUUAUAGGCCUCUAAGACAUCUUGAUCUUUCUGCUUUUCUUGACAAAUUUUUUUAUUAUUUUGGUUUUAAUAUUGUUUUGUUUUAAUAUUAUUUUGGUUUUAUUAUUUUGGGUUUUCCUCUAUGUGGCAGGUGAUGCAGGCAGGGAUGAAAUGGGGAAGAAGAGGAAGAGUUGUGAUUUUAAUACAUAAAGGAAACCUCCGGGGAGCCCAGCUUAUGAAGGAUGACGUGUAAUGUGCCCCAGAACUCGGAAGGCUGUGCCUCUGCGGACACUGCCGGUGCCCGGGAAUGGGCGCAGGAGCGUGAGCGACGGGGAACUUUUGUUGGGUUUCCACAGGACUGCCCCGUUUCGGCGCUGGCUCUGGCACAGGCUGGCUUUCUUUAUACUGGAGAAGGUGACAAAGUGAAGUGCUUCAGUUGCCAUACAGUUAUUGAAGGAUGGAUGCCUGGGGAUUCUGCAGUUGAGAGACACAAACAGCUUGCCCCCCACUGCAAGUUUAUUACUGAAUCUGCUUUUCUGGAAAGUGACAUGGAUCCUGUUACCCAGAACUACCAGGAUAGAACUGAAAACGGCACCAGCAAUUCAGCCCUCCCAUGUGCUCUGGAUGAUCCUGAUGUGGAGGCAGAUUACCUUUUGAGAACUAGGCAGGUUGUGGAUAUGUCAGAUAGUUUGUAUCCUAAAAAUCCUGCUAUGUGCAGUGAAGAAACAAGAUUAAAGUCUUUUCACAACUGGCCCCUCAAUGGCCAGUUGACACCACAGGAAUUAGCUAAUGCUGGAUUUUAUUAUACAGGUGUUGGUGACCAAGUAGCAUGUUUUUGUUGUGGUGGAAAAUUGAAGAACUGGGAACCCGGUGACAGAGCUUGGUCAGAACACAAGAGGCAUUUUCCCAAAUGCCUUUUUGUCCUGGGCCGGGAUGUAGGAAAUGUUUCAAGUGAAUCUGUUCCUUCUGAGCUUGGUGUAAGUGGUCUGAACAAUGCCCAGCACCCAAGGAAUCCCUCUAUGGCAAAAUAUGGAAAACGUUUACAAACAUUUUUAUCUUGGAUUUAUCCUGUUGACAAGGAGCAACUUGCAGAAGCUGGGUUCUAUAGCAUAGGUAAUGGUGAUCACGUUGUGUGUUUCCACUGUGGUGGAGGAUUGCAAGAGUGGAAGGAAAAUGAAGACCCUUGGGAUCAACAUGCCAAAUGGUUUCCUGGGUGCAGAUUUGUGAGCAAUGAAAAGGGGAUAGAAUUUAUAAAUAAUGUUCACUUAAAAGAUGGAUGUAGGGAUUCAACCACAGAAGCUGCUGAAAGGACAAUAAUUCCUAAAGAUGGUCUCUUACAGAAUCCUUUGGUACAAAGUGCCAUAGCCAUGGGUUUCAGUUUGUCUGAGAUUAGGAACACCAUGGAAAAGAGAUUGCAGAUGACUGGAGAAAGUCACACAUCUGUUGAGGAUCUGGUAGCAGACUUAAGUGCUCAUAAAGAAAAUACAAGGGAUGAAGAACCAAAUGAAAUCCCAGUUGAGCAAGAUGAGCUUAUUCAGUUACAAAACCUCUACCUCAGUACUGAAGAGAAGUUAAGACGUUUGCAGGAGGAAAAGCUCUGUAAAAUCUGUAUGGCUAAGGACGUGUCAGUUGUCUUCAUUCCCUGUGGUCACCUCGUUGCCUGUAAGGAAUGUGCUCAAUUACUUAAUGAAUGCCCUCUGUGUCGUAGAGAUAUUAUGAAAAUACAGGAAAUUUUUAUGUAUUAGUGAAAUACACAGCACUAUGGAUGCAAAUGUUUCCUGUUUUAUUACUUUAAAAAUGUGUAACAUUAUGUAAAAGAUGCAGUUAAUUUCAGAAUGUAACCAUAUGGCAGGACUUAAGAUUUUUCUGCUGUCAAACUCUACACAUUUUAACACUUUACAAAUUAUUUUCCUUAAGUGAAUUUUUUGUAUGCAAAAAGCAAUGUGUAUGAAAGGCAAAUAUGUAUAUUUUGUAACUUCAGUUCAUUGACCUGAUAUGGGAAAGCCCAAGUAAUGUAAACCUUUAUUUAUGUGAUCAUUCCUUUGCUUCACUUUGGUAGGACUCUGUACCACUGAAGUUUGUGCAAAUAGAGUUUGUACAAAGAGCCUGUCUCUAUAUAAAAUUUGUAAAUAAGUUAAUUCAAAGUAUAAUUGUAUACAUGUGUAUUAUACCUGAGAUUUUAGCUUUUUACAAAUAUUAUGUAGGAUUGAAAAUAGUCUCUUUUUUUUCUGUAACUUUGGUUGUGACAUAAUUCAGACAAUACACAUAAACCUGCUGCUGUAGCCUUAUGGUUACUUCUGCUACUUUGUAGGUUUGUCUGUUUUAAUUUAAUUCCUGUCUCCCUAUCUGUUUUUCUGGUUCAGAUGUAUAAAUUGUCUUCAGUAAACUGGUUUUGGAUAUCUUUUUUUCAUGAAGAUCCAUCUUUAUAUAAAAUGUACAUUAAUUUUACUGAUUAAAAGGGAACUCAAGAAAUUAAGAUUUCGUGUACCCUGUGCCCUUCGUGAGAGGAGACUCAUUUUAAAUUUGCCCCUUACACAAAAAUAUGUUCAGUUUGACAUCUUUCUUCUGUGUUUCUUUUUGUAACACAGUAUCAUGCUAACUAUUUAUCUGCUAAUACUUUACACUGCUUCAUAACUUAUAUUUACAUAGGAGAAGAUAAAACUUCAUCUCCUAGAAAAUGCUUUUUUAACAUUCACUAGCAGUGUUAGAAAUCUUUCAUUUUUGUUCAUGUCAUUUAAAUUCAAAAGUUAAGAACUAUUCUAAUGAGAGCCACCUUAAAAUAUUUAAACUAUUUCUUGGUGGACUGAUCCCCUAUUUCUGAUUUUGAAAGUAUCACAGCUUUGUAUUCAAGUACAGCUGUUUUAUGAUCACUGCUUGAUUAUGUCACUUCCUUAUUUUGUGGAACUACGGACAUGUUCUGUGUAUAUAUUUUUGAGUUCUACACACUAAGGUUUAGAAUAUAGUGUAUACAGAACAUAGUUUUUCAUGUUAUGAAAGUUUUGAAUACACAGAAAUAUAUAUCUACCUUUUCUAUUUUUUUAAAUCUGUGCUGUGUAAUGAUAUGAAUAUUUAAAAUAAAGUGCAACCCAGAUGUUC